AUGUUCAGGACUACUCCGUUUCCUGCUCCAGCAGAACCACCAAAGCCCACUCCCAAACCCGUGGAACCAGUCCCGACGCCUCCCCCGCUCCGACCCGCUCCGCUACCGUCACCGCCACCUGAUGGCGGCGGCGGCGUCAUCUCUCUGGAUACUAACGAUUCAGACGUGCCUUUUGUUUUUGAGCGUCCAAAGUUUGCAUAUAGUUUUGUCAAGGAAGAUACUAAACAAGACGUUACGAAGACUCAGAAUCCGAGCACGAGUACGACGACCACGACGACGGCAACGGACACGAGUACAGUUCCAAGUCAGAGCCCGAGUACAGCUACGACUCCGACUAUUAGACCCGCUCCGCCUCCUCCUCCACCUACGAGUCCUCCUCCUCCGCGUUCGGAGUCCAGCGAAACCAAGCGGGAACGAGAUCCGGCACAAGCGAAAGCGGAGAGGGCGGCUCGCGAGCAAAGGGCGAGGGAACGGUUACGAGCCGAGCGGGAGAGGCGGGAGCGGGAGGCACGGGAAGAGAAGGAGCGGGUUGAAAGAGUCAAGGCGGUGCGAGCUGCCAAGGAUCUUAGGGAGAAGGAGCGAAUUGAGCGUGAGGCGGCGGAUAGGCUGAAGCGCGAGAAAGAGGAGAGGGAGCGCAUCGAGAGGGAGAAGGUCGAGGCGGAGGAGCGGAAGCAAAAUGAGGCGCUACGUGAGAAGCAGGAGAGGGAGCGGAAGACGAGGGAGGUCGCUGAGCGGGUCAAGGCGGAAAAGCAACGGCUAGCGAAGCAGCGGCAGCUGGAUAAAGAGCGUAAGAUAAAGGAGCAGGAGGAGCGGAAGAAGGAAGAGGCGGCAAGGGUGGAGCGCGAAAGGAUCGACAAGAUUCGGAAAGGACGCGAGAAGAUCAUUCGCGAGAAGCUGGAGAAAGAGAAGAGAGAGCGUGCUGAAACGGAGCGAAAAGAGAGGGAAGCUGCGGAGCGCGUUGCGAGGGAGGCAAGGGAGCGGAUACGGGUCGAACAGGAGGAGAGCGAGCGGUUCCGGAGGGAGCUACUUCAGGAGAUUGAAGCCAGCACCGAACAAGAACAACGCAUGAAGCGGGAACGAGAAGAACAGGAACGCCUCGAACUGCUGCGUGAGGAGCAAGAGAAGCGCGAGAAGCUCGAACGACAGAAAGCCGCCGAAGAGCGCAUCCGCAGCCAACGCGAGCGGGCAGCCGAGAAACAGAAACAGCAGCAAAUCGAGGAAGAGAAACGUCGGCAACAACAGCAGAGGGAGAGGGAGAGAGCAGAAGCGGCCGCGGCUGCAGCGGCGCAGGAAAUUCCACCGCCACCUCCUCCACAUCAAAUCCCCCUCGAUCCUCCUCCGGAAUAUCAUGCUAGCCUUCCUCCCAAUCCGCCGCUGCGGUCCCAACCAUCGCACAGAUUGUCAAAUCCGCUUCCCAGGCAACCAACGACCGCUUCUCGGCGGACAUCUAAACCUGAUGUUUCGGCCUACCAGACACCCCCGCCUUCGAACGGACACAGCCGCAAACCUAUGUCCGAUGGUUCCGCCGGCUUGCCACCUUCCCCGCCCAGGAACACCGUCUCCUCCUCCAGAUAUUCGGACCCGCCCAAAAGGCCGGAUCCCGCACCGCCCCCACCACCUCCUCGGCGCCAGAGACCGCAGUCAACUUCAUACAAUACCCCUGAUCCCAAUAAAAUUGUGAUCAAGGCUGUAUACAUGUUCACUAUGCACAGUCAGAACCGACCUCUUGCUUCGCUCGUUUCCAGCGUGAACGGUGUCUCCGACGGACUUGUUCUCCGCGUAUCGACCGAAGGGCUCUUCAUCGAUGACGAUCGGUUGAGCUACUCUCACCGCGAAUGGGAUGUCAAGGCAUGGUCAAUCAAGCUGAUCGAGAUCUUUUGCCCACGAUACACCCCUCCUCCCCGCUCCCAGAAGGACUCCAAAAAGGAGAACCCCAUGCGCAAGAUGUUUGGCGACAAGGAUAAGGCGCAGCAACGCUCGGAAGAGGAUAUGGAUCUGAUCAUUGAGAGUCUGGCACGGGUGUGCGGCACAACGUGCUCGGCUGUCUCGUCCGAUGGGGGCGGCCGUCCUAUCAGGCAGCACAUGUUGAGGGUGAAUCUCCGAGAUACCGACGCCAGAAAGCUUGUAUUCGUAUGCGACGAGGAGGAGGCAUGGAAGAUUGCGGGCGCCGUGCAGAGGCUGCGAAAGGGAUCCCAGGCGCGGCAGCUGGCGGUUGAAGGGCUGGGCACUGCCGAGGCGAGCUUGAUCAUGACGAAUCUUCGAGCGGCUGCAUGA